AUCCCGCCAAAUUGAAAAAAACAGUUUGUGCCGAGAAGCCUUGGAUUAUUUUCUGUAACACCGAUCGUUUUGAAUGAUACUUUAGUUCAUUUUUAUUUGGCGUCGGCCUCAUUUGUUCACGCAAUCAUUCAAGAUGUGGAACGAGAUUGAACUUCUGACAAAUGAUGAUACCGGCAGUGGUCGGCUAAACAUUGAGGCCAGAAAAGAGAGUGGUGCAGCCCUUUAUCAAGUAGAUACUAUAGUUAAAAUAUCCUCUUCAACAACGGUAACAGUCUGUCCCAAGCUUCAUGCCUUUUGCAGCUCCGAUGGCUGUGUGGUUGUUGUGGACCAUUCAGUAUUGCUUAUGGACCAGAUUUGUCAAUCUGUGCUGAUGCAGCUUCAGUUUGACACUGAUGUGGAUGUGGUGGCACUCUGUCAGGAAGGACAAUUUCUGAUGGUUGGAGAAAGAAAUGGAAAUCUUCAUCUUUUGCAUGUAAAGUCCAGACAGACACUCUUAACUAAUUCACUGAUGAAGAACUCUUCAGAAGGGAAGGCCUACCUAAGUCUUACUUUGGAGAAGGAAGCCCCUCAUUCAGGUACCUACUAUAUGGUCCUGCUAACUAGCAAUGGUUUCUUCUGGAUUUCAUGCCUGCAGCUUGCUAGACUUCAACAAGCAAUUGAGAUGAUGGACUUUGAUACAACAAAAGCACUAAAGGAACAGAUCAAGAUCAAAUAUGUUCAGACUGAGGAUAAGCACACAGGUGGCUGUAACCAUGCAGUGAUUAAUUGUUUGAAAAAUGUUAAACUUCUCAUUGGGGGCACAGGUAACUAUGUAUUAUCAACAUGGAACAUAAAUACUCUCAAGGACCUAGAAGUUAAUAAUGUGGUUGAUUCAUCCAUAAUCAAAGGUGUGAAGAAGUGCCAGAUUGUUGGGAGUGCAAUAUUUGUCUUGGAUGACACUGAUUUUCUUAGCAUGUGGGAUGCCUAUGUGUUUGUUAUGGUCUGGUCCUGGCCCACAGUUCACAUCCAAGAUUUCUUGCUGACUGCAGAGGGGGAUUCUUCUGCCAUUAACAAACAAGGGGAUGCAAACUUGAAACUUGUAGCUCUGACAACUCCAGUGAACAAACAGAUGAGAAAUCUCUUAGUGUAUUCAUUUCCCACAAUGAAGCUACUGUACUCUUUGGAAGUGGCAGAUGUUGCAGCUCUGGUUCAAACUGAUGUUGGUCAGGACACAAUAUACAUUUUGGAAGGAGUUUCUGAAAAUCAGAAAAGUUCACCUGAAGGAGUCAUUUCUACAGUAGCCAUGAGAUGCUUAACAGAAGCACUGCCAGAAAACAGACUAAGUCGCCUGCUUUAUAAGCAUAAAUUUGAGGAAGCAGAGAGAUUUGCCAUUCAGUUUGCUUUGGAUGUUGAGCUUGUGUACAAAGUGAGGCUCAAUAUAGCUUUGGAGAACUUAGCCUCAAGUUCUUUAGAAGCCCCCAAUCCAUCAUCAUGGCAGAAGGCUGUCGAUGAGGCAAAAGCAGACUUACACAAAGUACAGGAUGAUCAGUUUGUAGUGAAAUAUUGUCUGGACGUUCCUUGGCCAACUUUUGAAACUACUUUGGAAAUGUUAAAUUAUGCCAAAAAGCGGAUUCUAAAGAAAGAAGAUAAGAAGUCUCUUGGUUUGUCUGAGGUGCAGGCUUUUUGGCUGGUGGAGGUGUUGAGAGCAGAAGCAAGACUUACUACUUUUCAUGAAGCAUAUGGGCUUGAGAAGUUCAGUGGCAUUGCUUGGAUCAAGUUUGUAAACAAUGAGGACCUUUUUAAUGAUGUUCUAUUGCAGCUCCAGGAGGGAAAUCAGAAAUGUGCAGAGUACAUUUGGUUAAGGCACCAGGUGGAAUUUGAAAACAAAUUUGAUUUGAAAAGACUGCAGAAUUUGUUAGAUUCUCUUCCUGCAAGCCUCCCUUCACAGGAACUCUGUCUCUGGUUCAGAAAUGUCAUCAUUCCCUUUGUUUUAAGGAUUGUUCCUGAGGGAAAGAAAAUUCUGGUCAAAUGGUUGGAGCACAGAGCCAGGAGUCUUGAACUAACUGAGAAGGCAAACUGGCCAGAAAAUGGAUUGCAGACGGCAGAACUGUACUUUGUAGCGAAGAAACCAAAUGAACUUGAGCUUAUUGCUGCUGGACUUUGGAUUCCAUUAAAAAAAGACAUUGACUGCGAGGAGGUGUACCAGUUAAAAACAUUGAUUAAUAAUCUGCAGGAGCUUGUUGACCUCCACAGAAAGUACAACUGCAGACUGGCUCUCUCAGAGUUUGAAAAAGAAACUACAGCAACAAUUGUAUUUCGGAUGUUGGAUAGGGUUCUGGCUCCAGAGCUUAUUCCAUCAACUCUUGAAAAAGUUAUACAGCCUUAUAUAAUCAAACACAACUUACAAAAGGAAGAGCUGCUAUUGCAUUACAUAAAGGAUUUGCUGGAACGAUGUAGUUCACGUUCAGCCUCUCUUUUUGAAACUGCAUGGGAGGCCAAAGCUAUGGCUGUAUUGGGCUGUAUGACUGAAAUUGAUCUGAUCUUUGAUGCAGUACUACAGAUAAUGUAUGGAGCAGUAGUGCCUUGGAGCGAUGCAGUGGAACAACUUGUCAAGCAGCAUUUGGAAAAGAAUCAUCCCAAGGUGAAAUUGUUGCAAGAAAGCUACAGGCUAAUGGAGAUGAAGAAAUUAUUAAGAGGAUAUGGAAUACGGAACUUUGACAUGUUCAAUGAUCAUGAAAUAAUGUGGUUGGUAAAGUUCAUCUUGAAACAGGACUUGCCAUCAUCAUUAGAUGAUGCUUUGAAAGUGGUUCAUGCCUACCUACUGAGCCCAGUUGAAGUUUACUUUCUUCACUUAAAAAAUUUGGCAUCUAUUGACAAAAGAGAUGACUCCCUCAGUUUGCUGAAGUCUCUUACAUUGAAUGAAGCUGAGGCCACCAUAAUGCGUUUGGCCACUUGGGCACAGUUGAAAACCCAAAACCAAUCUGAUGAUCCUGAGUGGAAAAAACAUCUGGUGUCAAUUGCAAAGACAGUGGUGGAGAUUAUUAAAUUUUUGCUGAGGAAUCAAAAGGGAAACACUUUACAAAAGGAAGCGUGUGAAAACCUUUUAAAUAAAUUUGAAACCAUUGCAAAUUUACAGGAGUAUUUUGAUGUAUUUAUUUCAUUGAAAGAGUAUGAGAAUCCCAAAGUGCUUUUGCAAUUGUUUGAAGAACAAGUUCAAGCAUAUGCAAGUAUGAGGUCUAAUUCAAAGCCAGAAAAGGAUCCAGGUUGGACUGGUGGCUUAAACACCAAUGUGAAGAUUCCUACAGAGACCAAACCAUAUAAACUCUCUCUCCUGUUCCAAAACUCAGAACAGGAUGUGGUGUCAAAGCUUGCAUUAAGUGUACUUUCCGAUGGGAAUAUAGGAGAGGCAGUAAACAUUUGCAGUGAGCUUUAUGGACAGCACAAAAAUGUUCAGACUGGUCAAGUAUUGUUCCAUGUGGCACAGAAACUAUCUCAGAUGUUGGAAACUAAUGUUCCCAUGAUAAUUCCAACUGGAAUGAACUUGCCUGCAGUUAUUUAUGAACUGGCCUGCCAAGCUGUCACUAUCUGUAGCACUGACCUUUUACUUGACUGUGAAGAAUUGUGUAAAAGCACUCGUGCUGCUAUGGACGUUUAUAGACAGUGCCUUAUUGAUGAUUAUGGAUUUAGAACAAAGAUGACAACUUUGGAAACUGACAAAGAUCCCUAUGAUGAAUGGACUUUUGAAGAUUUCUUCACAGAGGAUGGCAUUGUGCUUGAUCACCUAUCAGUGAUGCCUGUAAUGUAUGAAAUUACAACCUCAUUCGUGCCAUACUCUCCAGAUAAAAAACUCUAUCCAUUGGACUGCAUAGGCUUGCCGAUGAGCCCAGGUGUAGAAGGCGAGAACCCUUUGAAGCCAGUUUCUACACCCAUGACCAUCCUGCUACAGAAUUUGCAAGAGUAUAGCCAACUGCAACUAGCUUUGCAGCUAACUAUCAACUCUUUUGGAAAUUGUCAUCAACAUUUUGUGUCAAACAAUAUGAAUUCUGACUUGAGCAAAAAGCUUUUUGAGGGUCAGGACUUGAAAGACGUCAAAGAUUUUGUCAUUGACAUUGGAAACAUGGCCUUUUCGAUCGUUAAAAAGAAUUCUCAGGCAUUGCUACACAAGCUGUUUAACUGCCGUGUGGUUGACACUGACUUAGCACUGGCUUACUGCACAUUGUUACCAAAGCAGGUUGUGUUUGAGAAGCUGUGGAAUGUCAUCAGUGAUGCGUGGCAAAAUUAUAACAAAAUUCUGGCAGUUGCUGUUGUCGGUGCUCAACUGGCUGAUUUGCUUCAGGAGGAGCAACAAAAAGAGAAGUUCAGUUCCUUGAUUGUUGACACGGAGUGGUGUCUGAAGCUCAGUAAACUUGGAAUUGCGUUCCAAUCAACACUUAAAGAUAAUGUGGCAAAAAGAAAGGAAUGUGUCCUUAUUUUGGUGCAAAAUCCGAAUGUGAACUCUGAGCUAAUAAUGCAGUAUUGCAGUGCUUUUGGACUGAACAGUGAUGUUGCGCUACAGUUGUAUAUAGAGACAUUGCUGUUACGAGAUACAAAUGGCCAUCGUGGUGAAGGAGAGGCAGGUGACAUAAAGCAACCUCCUUCUGAACUUUUGGAAAGAGCUAUUGAAGUCUUGCCUUUAUUCAGAAGUAAAACCGACUUGGUCAUUAGUCUGAGUGGUACUUUACACAAGAUGGAUCCAUAUAACUAUGAAAUCAUUGAAAGUGCCUUAAAGAUUAUAAAAUUGGCAAAUGAACCUGCCAUGAACUAUAACUUGGAUCAGGCUUUAAGUCUUUUGCAACAUUUGUACUCCUACAAACGAAUUUCAGCACCUGGGAACUUGGAACUUCAAUAUCUCCAGAAACAUUCAAUUGACCUUUCACCAAAGGCUGAGGACAGAUUGCCAUUCCACUUACUCUUCUUUGAAACCACUCAAAGGUUUUGGAAUAUAAUAUCUGCAGAACUCAGUGAAGAGACCUUUGCUACAUUGCUUUUGAUAUCUAAACUGAUGAAGGUAUCUUUGGAUACACUUCAUAUGAAAGCUGCCGACCACGUGCUUGCAAAAACACUGAAACCUAAAGUACUUAAGCUGACAAAAGAGGGAUGUGUUUCACAGAUAUCAAAGGAAAUUGCUGAGACUGUGCAUAAUAUACAGUCAUACAUCCUGGCAAUUACAAAUCCCGAAUGGGCUACUGCUAGUUCACAUCGGGUUGCUCAGGAACUUCCAACAGGACCCGAGAAGAUCCAAGCCCUGAAAUUUUGUCUACAAAUGUCUGAAAACUGGUUAAAAUCGACAGCGUCAACGGAAAAAGCCCGUCAAAAAGCAGAGGAUUCGCUAACUAAGUUGCGAGUAGAGUAUGAGAAUUCAGCCACUGCGAACCUGCUGAGAAUCCACAACUUAAACAGCCCUGAGUACCUGAAAUUAAUUAAACUGCCAGCUAAACUAAUUUGUUCAUUGUAUGAACAUAGCAGCAUCGAAGACAGGUUAAAGCACCCUACUGCCAAGGAUUAUCCAGAUAUUCACACUGCAGCUGGUGAACUAGCAGAAAUAAAUAACCGAGAUAUAAAUAAAAUCAGGUUUACAUUGCUGGAGGAAUAUUUGUGCCCCCCUACCAAACCAGAUUUGGAUUCUAAGUUACAGGACAACAUUAAUAACAUGCAAGAAGAUCCAGCGCUGAUGAGAGUUAUUUACCUUCUUCAAAUGUAUCCAGUUGACUACAGUGCAAAAUUACUUUUUACUGUUGCAACAGGUUCAUCAUCUCCAUUUGGUGGUGCCCAGCUGCCAUUUUUGCAUAGGAGCCGUGCUUUGCAGUGUCUCCUUCAUAUUGCGGACAGUGAGACAAUAGCAAACAUCAGUCAGCAAUCAUUUGAACAAGUCAAGCGUUACCUGAAGUAUUGCAUUUAUUUGACUGAAUUUGAAAUCUUGAACAUACCGUACACCAUUGAAUCGUUCCACAGCAGUCCCAAAGAAGGCAUGAUCAAAGGUUUAUGGAAGAACCACAACCACGAGCCUAGAGCUGUUAGAUUGGUUACGGAGUUGAGUUUGGAGUACAGAGUGUAUGACCCACAGCUAUGGAAUGGUAUUUUGCAGAAACUGCUGGCUUUUAACAUGAUCAACUAUUUGAGGAAAGUUCUUGUUGCAGUCACUGCAAUACUCCCUUUGUGGCAGAUUCCAAAUUUUAACAGAGCAUGGCGUAGUGUCAUUCUUGCACCUUUCCUUUCAGCUUCGUGUCCCCCAAGUCCAAAGCAAUUGGAGGCUUGUUAUGAGUCAUUUGUGCUCUUGAUCAAGUGUCCUAUUCUACUUGACCUUGACCUUAUUGGCAUUGCAAAGCAGUAUGUACAGCUGGAGUUGUUGGCGUUUGCUCUGGGUUGUCUACUUCUUAUUCCUUAUUCUGAGAAAAAGAAACAACAAAUACAGGGAUUCCUUUUGUCAGUUGAUCCUGUGACCCUCUUGCAGCAAGUUAUCGAUCACAUGACAACAGGCGAGGUUGCAGGAUAUGCAUUCAAGAUUAAAGAAUUGGCCUUGGACAGCAUUGCAGACAAAAAACAGUAUGAGAAGCUUAUUGGGACAAAAUUCUUUCCUUUUCUGAAGCAACACAUGAUUGACAACAAACGAGUGGAAGAAUUAGCAGCUUAUCUUGUGGAGAGGAGCUGCCUAGAUGAUGCACUAUCUGUGGUAACUGAAUAUCUGACGCAUGAAGGAAGACCCAUCAAAUCAAACAUUUCUCCUGCUGAAAUUUUAAAGGAGUUUCUUCAUGAACGGCAGUAGAAUAAUCGGAGCAAUCAACAUGGUGCUUUAAGAUAAAAAAGUUUUUUGUCUUCCUAUGGAAUGGAAUCUCUAAUGAAAGUUGUAUUAGUAUUUUGCCACUUAGUAUUUAAUCGUCCUUGAAUACGUUUUAAUACUAGAUAUAUAUUAAUCAUUUUUUAAGUAGUUUCACCUCGCAAUAGAAAAAAUUGAAAUGCAUUCAUAUGGGGUUGUCAACAACAGAUGGCUUGGCAUCCCCUGAUAACCAGUGGGUAAAUGCACCAACUGACAUGGGGCUGGUUCUUACGCGACAAUUAAUAAUGAAAUUUAUCCCUGUUCUACACUGAAUUUAAUAUUCACAGCUGGAUGCUGGUGCUGAUAAUACAGUUGGUCUCUAUUUCAAGACUAGGGAGGGGAAAAUCAACAAAGUUCCUAUUUUUGGCUACUAUCAAGUGAGCCAGCUCUCUUGAAAAGUGGAUAAUGUUUGAGGCAGAUAAACUUGACUAAUGCUGCCUAUGUCACAAAGGCACCAUUCACCUGUCACCUGUGGUCACCUGGACAAUGUACCUAAGGACUUCUGGCAAGUGUCAAACACCUCUUCAAAAAUUGGCAUCUUGAGAGGUACUUGUGCUCCAUUAGCCCAACAGUUGUUUACAUAACUUCAGGUUUAUGAAGCUGCAUAAUUGCUAAUCUACCAACUUUUUCUCAGUUAAUAAGUUGUGAAGAUAAACUCUAUUGACUUAAAAAUGGAUGUAAGUGCUCCCAAUCUGCAGUUUGUCUGUUUGACAUUGGAGUUGGUCACAAUGUGUAAAGCUUGAAAAGUGCAUUAUUUAGUAUCUAUAUAAGAAUUAGUGUAAUAUUUGGAAUGUUUUAAUUGAUCUCUGCAGGUUAUUCAGAUUACACUAAUGGUAUAAAAUGAAAAUAUAUAUAAAUCUUCUAUUUUAAUUGCUUAAAUUAAUUGUGUGCUCAAACUAUUUACUCUUCUGAAACAGUUUAAGACCUGUAAAAUGGGAAAGAUGCAUAUGUUUUCUUUUUGAAAAACAAAAUACUGUAAAUUAGCUCUCUGUAUUGUUUCACAAAUGUUUAAUGCACUCAAAUUAAAACAAAUUACAAUGUUAAAAUGUA